CUCGCCCGCCUGGGGCCGACAGCCGCGGCGCCGGAGAGGAGCCGGCCGUCCCGGGCCGCGGGAGCCGCCCGCCAUGGCCACCAAGGCGCGGGUUAUGUAUGAUUUUGCUGCUGAGCCCGGAAAUAAUGAACUGACCGUUAAUGAAGGAGAAAUCAUCACAAUUACAAAUCCGGAUGUUGGUGGAGGGUGGCUGGAAGGAAGAAACAGCAAAGGAGAACGCGGGCUUGUUCCCACAGACUAUGUUGAAAUUUUACCCAGUGAUGGAAAAGACCCAUUUUCUUGUGGAAAUUCAGUGGCUGACCAAGCCUUCCUCGAUUCUCUCUCAGCAAGUACAGCUCAAGCCAAUUCAUCAGCUGCCAACAGUAACAACCAGGUCAGCAGUGGCAAUGACCCCUGGUCAGCCUGGAGUGCUUCCAAAUCUGGAAACUGGGACAGCACAGAUGGCUGGGGGGCCAAGCCAGAGGGGGCUGCGGCCCAAAGAAACACCUCCAAUAACUGGGACACUGCCUUUGGUCACCCCCAGGCCUACCAAGGACCAGCCACCGGUGACGAUGACGAAUGGGACGAAGACUGGGACGACCCCAAGUCUGCCGCUCCCUACUUCAAGGACUCAGAGGCAGCAGAAGCAGGGGGUGCUCAGCGGGGCAACAGCCGAGCCGGCUCCUCUUCCAUGAAGCUGCCACUCAACAAAUUUCCUGGAUUUGCGAAACCUGGAAUGGAACAGUAUUUGUUGGCCAAGCAGCUAGCAAAACCCAAAGAGAGAAUUCCCAUCAUUGUUGGAGAUUAUGGCCCAAUGUGGGUCUAUCCUACCUCUACGUUUGACUGUGUAGUAGCAGAUCCCAGGAAAGGCUCCAAAAUGUAUGGUCUGAAAAGCUACAUUGAAUAUCAGUUAACACCUACUAACACUAACCGAUCUGUAAACCACAGGUAUAAGCACUUUGACUGGUUAUAUGAACGUCUCCUGGUUAAGUUUGGGUCAGCCAUUCCCAUCCCGUCUCUUCCAGAUAAGCAAGUCACAGGUCGCUUCGAAGAAGAGUUCAUCAAAAUGCGCAUGGAGAGGCUCCAGGCGUGGAUGACCAGGAUGUGUCGGCACCCAGUGAUCUCAGAAAGCGAGCUUUUCCAGCAGUUUCUGAAUUUCCGAGAUGAAAAGGAGUGGAAAAGUGGGAAGAGGAAGGCCGAGAAAGAUGAGCUUGUGGGAGUUAUGAUAUUUUCCACCAUGGAACCAGAGGCCCCCGACUUGGACUUAAUAGAAAUAGAACAGAAGUGCGAUGCCGUCGGUAAAUUCACCAAAGCCAUGGACGACGGCGUGAAGGAGCUGCUGACCGUGGGGCAGGAGCACUGGAAACGGUGCACAGGACCGUUACCCAAGGAGUACCAGAAGAUAGGGAAGGCCUUGCAGAGCUUAGCGACGGUGUUCAGCUCCAGCGGGUACCAAGGCGAAACAGAUCUCAACGCUGCGAUAACAGAAGCAGGAAAGACUUACGAAGAAAUCGCCGGUCUCGUGGCGGAGCAGCCAAAGAAAGAUCUCCAUUUCCUCAUGGAAUGUAAUCAUGAAUAUAAAGGUUUCCUCGGCUGCUUCCCUGAUAUUAUCGGCGCCCACAAGGGAGCGAUAGAGAAAGUGAAAGAAAGUGAUAAGCUGGUGGCCACCAGUAAAAUCACCCCCCAGGACAAACAGAACAUGGUGAAGCGAGUUGGCACCAUGUCUUACGCAUUGCAAGCUGAGAUGAAUCACUUCCACAGCAACCGCAUCUACGACUACAACAGCGUCAUCCGCCUGUACCUGGAGCAGCAGGUGCAGUUCUAUGAAACAAUCGCAGAAAAGCUGAGGCAGGCCCUCGGCCGCUUCCCGGUUAUGUAGAACACAACAGAACACCAAGAGGACUCCGAAGUGCUUCUUUCUGACUUUGGGCAAUGCAAUUUUAUUUCUUCCCCCUUCAUCAAAAGCAAAAAGGAACAAAAGACCGAAAACCAAAAAGAAAGAGUUGCAAAAAACUGUGUCUAUUUUAUUAACCAACCUAAAUGCCUCAGUUCGUGGGGUUAGUCUUCUUUGGUUCGUUUCCACAUCCAUUACUGAAAACAAUGGAAAUUGUCUCUAUUUUUGGAAAGUACUUAAAGUUAUCAGAAUUUUGAAUGGAAAAUUAGGGGUUCCCCCACUGAUAUUUUACAUAAAAUUGUAAUUUGUACGUCGUCCAUGAUCUUCUGGGUCUUACCCAAUGUCAGAUAAUUACUAAUUGCUUUCUUAAAAAUAUGAAAUAUACCAGAAUAAAAAAUAUAUAUGUUUGUAUAUUUUUAUAACUCUUUUCAGUCCCGUGGGAUUCCUAUCUACUUAGGAAGCUCUACAUGCCUUUCACUGACAUAUUUAUGACUCCAGUGCUUCUGUUUCCAGGAGGGAGGAAGCCAGGAGGGGCCUUGGGGGCUGCCGGCGCCCUCCCAGGAGGCUCAGGGCAGGAGAGGGGGGCUCACGUGUCCCGUCAGAGCAAGCAGUGCGGCAAAAGCCCAGGAUCCCAUUCACUGCCCGCACUUCCCUCAGGAACAUUGCUGACUGUCCCCUUCCACAGGGGUCGGGGGGCUUCCUCCCCAGGCCUGGUGAAGGCAUGGUUCUUGCCAGAAGGAAUACAUUGACAGGGGUGGGCACGUGUCUACAGGGCUCUGACUCUGCUCCCAGGGCUGGAGCUGCUGCGCUGGGGCCUCUGCUCGGGGGAGCAGACGUCCUCCCCACAGAGCUUCGCCCCGCAUUGGUGUCUUCAGCUGUUGAGUCAGAGGUACUGAGACCUGUUUCCGAGGCCGUGAUUUGCCACUUACUUUGGAGGGCAGACAAGCGAGCGGGGGUGUUACCUGAAAACGUGGAAACCACAGCGUGGUAGGCCUCUCCGUCCCUCGGGUGGAAGCGCUUAGGGACUGAUAAAGGUCACAGGCUGAGUCGUGCACAGCGGUCCCUGGAGCUUUUGGUCUCUGUAAGGACAGCGUGAUGGUCAGUGAUGUGUUCCUGACCGCACCUGGAACUUGCGACGGGAUUUUUCUGAUCACCGGCCUCCACCCGGAGGCACACAGCGAAAGCCAAUCGUGGCCGGCUGUCAGCUUUAAACCCGAGCACUCAGACACGCAUGUCGCCCGACCGCAGCCCAGUGAGCCCAUCCCCCACACUUGCCUCACGACCGCUCCCCACUGCUUUCAUUCUCCUGACCUAGCGAUGACAGUGUAGACGAUGGAAGGUUUGGGCCAGCACAAAUAAAAUGAAACCAAAAAAUAAGUAGCAGAGGAAAUCGAAUGAACAUGAGUAUGAGAAUUUCUUGCUCUUUAAUAUCACGGGUUUUGUUAAUGUUUUAUAAGUAAUUUUCCCUACUUGAUUUUUCUUUUAUAAAAUCUCAUAGAACAAUGUUUAUGAUACAGCCAUUUAAUAUAUGUACAAAUUGUAAAGAAUAUGUAUAAAUGUUUUACACAAAUGUAAGAGCAUGUAGAAGCCAACAUAUAAGUAAAUUGUUUAAAAAAAAAAGACUGUACAGUAAAUUCUGAAAGCACUUUUUCAAAAACA